UAUUUCGUUAAGCGAAAAAAAAAUUUGGGUUUAGGUGCACUUUAAUUUUUCAAGUUUUUGUGACAAAAUAAUUGUUCCAGGAGGACAAAAACAACGCGCGAGUCAGUUUCACAUCAGUCCUCAGAAACAGGAAUCCAAGACAAAUUGAUAUUGUGUUUCAAGAAUUAACAACAGUCUGUGAUUGGUGGAGACUCAAUAUAAACUUGUUGUCAUAAUAAGUAACAGAUUGCAAGAAUAGCUUAAAAAAAACAUAAAGUCACAAGGCUUCAUUGUUUCGGGUUCAAUUCCGAGAAAAGUCGCUUUCAUCGAGCAUAUGAACAGUUCUUAGUGUAAAGCGCAUGGAUAUCAAAAAGUUGCUUCACAAUCUUCGCGAGGAAGUGUCUUGCUCAGUGUGUACUAACGUGUACACGGAUCCAAAGCAUCUUCCAUGUCUACAUACUUUUUGUCUUCAGUGUCUGAAACACUGGCAAAGAACAAGCCACGGCCGAGACUCUAUCAGAUGUCCAAUGUGUCAAGCUAUUAGCAAAGUGCCUGAAAGUGGCGAUCUCGAAGAUCUUCCCACCAGUUUUUAUCUGUAUGGCUUGAUUGAUGUGCUGGCAAUUAAAGAGUGCAAAACUAGCCAGGUACGAUGUGGAAAUUGCGAUAAGAAAAGCUCCGAGAUUUCUUACUGUUUUCAUUGUUGCGUGUUUUGGUGCGACGAGUGCGUCGUUGGACACAACAUCAUUCGCGGCAACAAAGAUCAUCGUGUUCUGGCCCUCAAAGACUUUCAAGACAAGGAUUAUGAGGAUGUCAUGAAACGACCUGCUCUUUGUCGAAAGGAAGAUCAUAACAAUGAGGAGCUGAAAUUCUUUUGUAAAGAGUGUGAAAUGCCAGUUUGCCAGACCUGCGUCACAUUGAACCACGGUGGUCAUGAUAUGAAACUGAUCAAAGAAGAAGCAGAGACACAAAAGACUGAAAUGAACUCUUUCAUUGAAAAUCAGCCACGCAAUCUGCAAGCAAAGGAGAAUGCCGUUAUCAAAUGUGAUGAAGACUGUGCCAGACUCAUACAAAAUGGCAGAGAUGUAAAGAGAGCUGUUCAAACAUUUGUUGAAAAUUUAACUGCAGUCAUUGAAGCAAAGAAGCGAAACAUAUUCGCAACACUAGAGAAAGAAACGAGCAAGUCGAUUGAAUGCGUGACAAAGCAAAAGACCGAGAUCGAGAGUCAGAUAAAGGCGAUAAAAUCAUCUCUGGAGAAGGCCGAGAAACUUUUCACCCGAAGUACAAACGCUGAAGUCGUUCAAUUGAAGAUGUCAUUUGACACCAUCCUUGAAGGAGCUGAUCAAACGGAACCAACUGACCGUGACCCGGAAAUCGUGGCUCAUUUUCUCUUCGUUGGAAAUCAAAGGUUACUCAACACUAUCAAAACUGAAGGCAUCGGAACUUUGAAAAAGGGAACAAAAGCCAGUCAGUGUGUUGUUGAAGGCAAAGGACUUAAAGAAGGAAUUAUUAACCGUGAAGCGCAGUUUACUUUGACCACAAGAGACGUCGAAGGAAGACUGUAUUACAAUGAAUGUGACCAUGUAACGGUGGAGAUCAGGGACGAACAAGGACGAGAAAGCGUGACAGAAGUGCAAAUAAAUGACUGUAAGGAUGGAGUCUAUCAGAUUAGCUAUCUUUUCAGAGGUCAGGGAAAAUGCCAAGUGGCAGUAGAGGUAAACGGAGAACAUGUUCAUGACAGUCCUUUCACUGUGCAUGUGACACCAUUUCAGUUAAAACCUAUUUUGUCCUUUGGAAAAAAAGGUUCGUCUUUAGGAAUGUUUGGUUAUCCUUGGGGGGUAGCAGUAAAUAAUAAGAAUGAAAUAGCUGUAACUGAUCAAUGGAACCACAGAGUUCAAAUUUUUAACAGCAAAGGAAAUUACUUAAGAUCCUUUGGUCGGACAGGUACCAAAGCGGGAGAAUUUAUUUAUCCCAGGGGUAUAACAUAUCAUGAUAAUGGGAAUAUUUUCGCAGCAGACCAUGGGAGUAAUAGAGUCCAGAUUUUCAGUGGGGAGGGUGAGUACGUGGGAAGCUUUGGUGGGGAAGGAAGACUCGAUAGUCAACUCAAUAAUCCCUGGGGUUUAUCUGUAGACAGUGAUGGGAAUAUCAUUGUCGCUGAUUCUGGUAAUAAACUGAUUAAGAUCUUUUCUCCUGAUGGCAAGUUCCUUCAGAAGAUCGGUGGGAAGGGUUUAUUUAAAUGUCCAUUCCACUGUGUUCAGUAUGAUAGAUAUCUCAUAGUGUCUGAUCAUCAUCAACAUUGUAUUAAAGUGUUUGACAGGAGUGGAAACUUUCUGUACAAGUUUGGAAAGGAGGGUACUGGGGACGGGGAAUUUAAUUUACCCAGAUGUUUGACAUUGAACAAUUUCGGACACCUGACGGUCUGUGAUGGAGGUAAUCACAGAAUACAAGUAUUUGACCUGAAUGGAAAGUUUCUCGGCAGGUUUGGAACAAAUGGUGACAAUAUAGGCGAGUUUAAUAUUCCAAACGCUUUAGCAGUUCUUGGAAAUGGCCACAUUUGUGUGUGUGACAUGGGUAACAGUCGCAUACAGAUAUUUGAGUAGACUUGUGUACUUGUUUGUUAGUCUGAAUGAAACACAAGUUUUUGAAAACUAAGCAAAGAUUAUUAAGAAGAAGUCGGCCAUGUAGUCAGUACCAGUUACAGUUUUUAGGCCUGUUUAAAUAAUAUCACCCAGUUCAAGCUACUCUUACGAGUUAGUUCCAAGGAGAGUUAAGACCACUGCUUUUGCGUUUUAAUGCCCGUAACUCAGUUGAUUGGAUUUUAUUUUUGCAUUGUCUUGAAAGGACUGUGUCAUUAACUCUUAUGUAAGAAGACAACGGCAGUUUGUAAAUGAGAUUAGACUGCAGAUUGUAGUAGUUUAAAGAAACUAUAAUACAUUAAUCAGAACUUAAUUAUCGAUUUUGUAGGAAUUCUCUUUUUAGUAUAAUCCAAUUGUAGUGGGUACAUUUUAAACCAAUGGCAAUUGUAACAUAUUCCUUUAAUUUUUGAUGAGAGAAUUUACACCUCAGCUUAGCUGACCUACUUAAGAGAGGUCAAACCUGUUGAAACUAACUUAGACACAAUUAAGAACUUUUAGUAUAUUGUUGUGCGCGAAAUAGUUCAUUGAAUUGUUUUAAGACUUAUGUAUUAUUUUUUUCUCGAGACGUUUUGCGAUAUUAAAAAAGUUUUGAGUUAACGUCAGAGCUGGCUUAAAGAUUUUACUUCGAUUUAAGAUUAUUUUUAAUAAUCAAACAGAGAAGAGCUUUUCACCAUCAUUUUCUUUGAAGGAGGAAUUGUACAACUUUUGAUGUAUCUCAGGGAAUAGAGAAAUGAAGUCUAACUUGUUUUACUAACGUUUACAUAAGUG